UUAGAUUGGGCGUAAGCCCAAAUGCGUAAGCCCAAAUUACAGUUAGGUUGGAAUUGGGAAAGUUAAUGAUGAUGAUGACGAUGAUAAUGAUUAAAGUUUUUGGCAUCAAUUCUAUGUAAUGGCAGAUACGGGGUCAAGGUGCAUGCGAUCACAGGUAGGUCCAGAAUGGAGCUUGAAGGAAGCACUGAUUCUUGUGAACGAGAUUGCUGCUGUGGAAGCCGAUUGUUUGAAAGCUCUUUCAAGCUAUCAGAAAUGGAAAAUAAUAUCUGAAAAUUGUACUGCUUUAGAUGUUCCACGUUCUUCGAAUCAAUGCCGGAGGAAGUGGGAUUCCUUGGUUGCUGACUACAACAGGUUCAUGCGGUCAAGGACUAGGACCAAUUCUUAUUGCUUUUCUCAAGGUCAAAGCUUUCCUCCCGAUUUUGACCGCGAACUUUUCAAUGCCAUUGAUAAUCUUGUUAGAGAAAAGCAGAAUCAACCGGAUACUGACUCAGAUAGUGACCCAGAUGCUCAUCUUGACUUGACUAAGUUAAUUUCACAACUGGGGUCAAAGAGGCGAAGGCGGCGAUCAGUGCCUGUAAAACAUUGUGAUGAAGAAAAGCCUAACAAAAGCCCCAUUCAACAAAAGCGUAAAAGAAACUUUACAGAAGAAAAGCCUUGCAAUAGUCUUAUAGAAGAAAAAUCCCAGAAGGGUCAGGUUAACAAGAAGUCUCAGAAAUGUGGUGUGGAAGGAAAGAUCAUAAGUUGCAUAAAAGAAAAGGAGCAAAUGAUGGUGGCGAAACUGCAUGAAAAUGCUGAAUUGAUCCUUGCAAUAGUUGGUGAGAAUGCUGAUUACUGUGAUGUAGAUGAGGAUGAUGAUCAGGAUUUCCCAUCCGAAGUUAUAAGACGCCAAGGGGAUAAGCUCAUUGCAUGUCUUAGGGAAAUUGUGAACACGCUCAGCCAGGUCUCUGAUGAUGUCCAAGAAUGUGAAUAAUUUGUUAAUGAAGAAUUAGCUUAAUUCCGUCUUGUCAAUUAACUUUCGGAAUCUUUUUUUUUUUUUUUUUGUUAAGUAACUUUCGGAAUCUUUGAUGCCAAAUUUUGUGGGAUCUGGAUAAAUUUGCGUGUUAAUAUUUUGCUAA